CCUCACGUCCGUCUCAUUCUUUCAUUCUCCGUUACAGGGCUGAUUAUUGCCGUCCUCAGGUACCUUCAGGUGAAACACAGAAUGGACAAACAGUGGAUCAACGUCGGCAGCCUGAUCGCGUUUUCUGUCGGCUGCUUUGGGAUGACGCUCAUAGGAAACUUUCAGGUACUAACUGAGGAGAUGAUCCACAAUUUGGGCACCUUUGUGACGUUUGGACUGGGAGCGUCGUUCUGCUGGGUGCAGUCCUACAUCACCCUGACGGUUAAUCUGCAGAGCGAGGGCAGGAAGGUCGGCUUCAUCCGCUUCCUGUUGUCUGGAUCCAUCACUGUCUGCAUGAUAGUCUGUAUCCUUUCACUCAGCUGCAGAGAGUCCGAGCAUUUUAUUAAAAAGAGUAGGACUGGUUAAACGUUUGUA